AGAGUACAUCCCCCACAACAUUGGAAGCCAAGUUUCCUCAGACUUGGCGUGAAAGGGAGCGCAUGGUGAAAGAUUUUCCACAAGAACGUAACAGCUUCAGAUUAGGGAGGUGAAGCUUGUGCCAGAUGAACUUGCAGGAGAUAGUCAACCCUGAUGAUUAUAGAAAGAUAUCAAGAUGCAAAUCCGCCAAUGAGAUGUGGACUAAACUCGAAGUCACUUAUGAAGGUACAUCUCAAGUUAAAGAUGCUAAAGUUGAUAUCUUAUUGCAUGAAUACAAAUUAUUCUCAAUGAAGGAGAAUGAAAGCAUUGAUAGUAUUUUUGAGAGAUUCUCUACAAUCAUCAACAAUCUUGACACGCUCGGAAAGUAUUACACCAAUCAUGAGCUUGUCCGGAAAAUUUUGUGUUGUAUGACUCUUGAGUGGAAAUCCGAGGUGAACGCCAUAACUGAAGGAAGAGACUACAAUGUCUUAACUUAUGAUACUUUUCGUGGGAAACUACUCACAUAUGAAAGUACUACUCCUCAUCUACGUGGUGAAGACAAAAGGAGGAAAUCUAUAGCAUUGAAAGCCACCAAGGAAGUUGUAGAGGAAAAUGAAGAAGAUGAUGAUGAAUCACUUAAUUUAGAAGAUAAUCCCGAACUUGCUCUUGUCAUCAAACGCUUCAACAAAUUUAUCAAGAAAAGCUUCAAGCCAAGGAGAGACAAUGGCAAGAAAGCUACACCACCUAAAUGCUAUGAAUGUGGAGAGAUAGGGCUUAUCAAGCCUUAUUGUCCUAAGUUGAAGCAAGGGAAGGACAAGAAGUUCAAGAAGAAGCAAAAAGCAUACAUCUCAUGGGAGAGUGAUCAUUCAUCUUCCGAAACAAGUGAUGAGGACGAAGAAACAGCAAAUCUUUGUCUAAUGGCUACCGAGGAAGAGGUAUCUUCUAAUUCUUUUUCAACUCCUUUAUCGUCUUCAAGUGAUUGCUUUUCAUUGGAUGAUUUACAUAGUGCAUUUAGUGAUCUCUAUGGUGAAUUUCUCAAAUCCACCAAAGAAACUAAGCUUGCCAAAGAAGAUGUCACAUCUUUAGAAGCUCAAAUAAUUGAACUUAAUAAGGAGAUGGAUUUAUUGAAACUUGAAAAUAAGAAACUUGGCAAGUGUAAACCUAUUGGCAAAGGUUUGUUUGCCAAAAACUGGUUCAGUCGUGAGGAUCCUGUUGAGAUGGUCAAGGCGUUCUAGUGGAUUGAAAAUCCUUAAGUAGGAGCCUUAAGGCUUUGCAAACGUUGCCCAAAGGUUGCUGAUUUUUUUCAGAGACUUUCAGUUCCAUAGCAUUGAGCACGGAGGAAGUUACACGACAUAUUCGAAGGUGAAACUUUCCAGUUCAGUAAUUUAACCUUUUAUAUAAGUCUGGCCGCUGAUUUCUCCUGGGAGAAGGACUUUCUGCGGUUUCCAUCUCUCUAUCCCGCGGCUGGUACACACGAUCUGUAUGACUCCCUCGAUCAAGUGUGCGAGGAUGGAGUCGGUCUCAUCUGUGCAAUUCGUAGGGCAAAUUUGAUACGGACGGAUUUCAUUGUCCCACACCGGUGAUGGGUUUAUAUAGUCAAGGGUUCUCCGUUUUAGAGUGUGGCUCUCCCUUGUGUUGUAUCAAUGGUAUCAGAGCCAACUCGGAGUGGUGGCCGUGACCAACUAGGACGUUGGGCCUUAUGGGGGUCGAAUGAUACGUUUAUGUCAAUUGUGCCGGUUUUUAUUGUUUGUUUUUACAAUGGUAAGGUUACAUCUUGAAAUAUCAGAUUCCAACUAUGUAUGGGUUAUACUGGGUCUUCUUUUGACUAUUUGUUUGUGUGUUGGAAGAUUUAUGAGAUUUUAAUUCAUUGCUAUGGAGUAUUUUUAAUUAUCAUUGUCUUGAUAAAGAUGAAGCACUGGAGUUACAGUGGCUCCAUUCUUCCUAUGAAAGAAAUGCAAUAAAGACUUCACUUGCAACUAUAAAAGAUAAAAAAUUUGUUCUCAAUGAAUGUGUAUAUCGAUUUGGACCAACAGAAGAUGCAGUGAGGGAUUUGCUUGAUGAUGGAUUCUACCUGAUAGAUUCCUAGAGACAUUUCUUGGCAUAUAGGCAGGUUAUGGUUUUUGCAGAACUUAUUAUCAAGAAGCAUAUAUGUUGGACUUUAUAUUUUUUGUGCUCAUUUGUCAUAUCCUGAAUGCAUGCACAAAGUGACUGAUACAUUUGUUUUGCAAUGCCCUCAAAAAACUUACCACAACCUGCUAUGAACUAUAGAGAGAUCAGGAUUCCGACCCAGUUAGUAAAAGGAGAGUAUGAAAUUUAGUCUAUAGAAACCUAGGAGGAACAAAACAUAAUUGUGGGAAACUAAAAUAUGGCCAUUUGGAUCAAUAAUGCAUGAAUUAGCAUUUAGCAAAACUGCAAAUACAAAUAAAUUAAAAUUAUGAAAUCUUACAUCUGUUCUUAGUAAUAUUUUCGUACAAGAUAUCAUCAACUGUUAUGUCUAAUUUUAAUGGUGACCGACCUCACACUUACCAGAGUAUAUCCUGUGAAAACAGCAGGUUCAUCUGCCUCUUUAUCAGUUACAUAGUAACCUAUGUGACCUUUAGUAUGGCUUUAAAUAGCAGUUAAGAAACAGUUAAAACAUUUUAAAGAGUUGAUAUGGUGGCAUCGGAAGCAAUAAAGAGGCACGAGGUUA